AUGCCCAGACGAAAUAACGACGAGGAAUCAGGCCCCGCUCUACAAAGCCUCCAGAGCCCACCCCUUGCUCCCCCGCAGCUGGUGCGCAGGCGCGGGACCUCCCCUCAGGGCAGGGGUGGGGCGCGGAGCCGGCUCGAGCUGCUGCGCCUGCGCCGCCCCUCCGCCCGCCGGCCCCACGCCUUAGGGCUGGGGGAGGGCGGGAUCGGGAGCGCGCUGGCGGGCGGGUCCGGAGGCGGAGGCGGAAGCGAGGCCGGGGCCGGCCCGGGCAGGGCUCGAGCUUAUGGGGGGGCUCGGCCUGGAGGCCGGACCCCGGCCGGACGGCCUGGGUGCGGGUGUGGCCCUGGCCGUGGGGCGGGGAGGCGGAGUCCUAGAUGUGAGAGGCGGGGCCCGGCUGACGCUGAGGCCGUGGAGCCUGGCCGUGUGGGGCCGGCCCGGACGCCCCGGCAGAGCUGGUGGAGCGUGGAGCCCUGGCAACCGGCCGCGGCCCCGGCCAAGGCCAAACCGUCGCCUCGCCCGCGGCCCUCGAUGGCCGGCCAGGGCCACGCCCACCAGCGCCGCUCCGCGGCCGUGCGGGUGAAAGGCCGCCGCCUGUCCGCCUGGCAGCAGGCCCGGCCGCGGCCAAAGGCACCGCAGUGGGCUAACACCCGCGCCUCCCCGCUGGAGUCCGAGGCAUCGGUCGGUCGGUCGCCAGCUCGUCUUCGUCUUGGUCUUCGUCCCCCAAGCUGGGAGCCACUGAAGGUGCUGGGCUGUAGCCUGCUGAAGCGCGAAGGCAAGCCCCCGGCCCAGCCCUCAGCCCCGCCGCCCCCGCCCCCCUCCAAGAAGCCGGCCAGGGCCCCCGCGGGACGGGAGCUCUGCAAGGACGAGGGAAGCGAGCAACCACGAGAAGUCGGGGCACCAGCCACUCCGGAGGCGGGGGCUACCGGGGCAGAGGGCGUGCAAACCCCGGGGGCAGAAGGCGAGAAGACCCCGGGGGCAGAAAGGGAGCAGACCCGGGGGACUGAAGGCGAGAAGACCCCAGGGGCAGAAGGGGAGCAGACCCGGGGGACUGAAGGCGAGAAGACCCCAGGGGCAGAAGGGGAGAAGACCCCAGGGGCAGAAGGGGAGCAGACCCGGGGGACUGAAGGCGAGAAGACCCCGGGGGCAGAAGGAGAGCAGAUCUCGGGGCCUGAAAGCGAGAAGACCCCAGGGGCAGAAGGGGAGCAGACCCGGGGGACUGAAGGCGAGAAGACCCCGGGGGCAGAAGGGGAGAAGACCCCAGGGGCAGAAGGGGAGCAGACCCGGGGGACUGAAGGCGAGAAGACCCCAGAGGCGGGGGCUGCUGGGGAAGAAGGCAAGCAGCCUCAGGACCAAGGCCAGGGCCAGUUGCUGGAGCAUGCAGAAGUUCCCAGUCAGGAGGAGAAAGGCGUUGACAACCAGAAAAUCGAGAUGAUCGAGAAAAGGGCUGAGGAAGGAGAAGUUCUGGAGGAAGGAAGGUUGAAAUGGAACGAAGUAAAUAAAUCGUUUUCUUCUGAGGGAGGUAACCUUUCCCAAGGGACCGGGGCUCAAUGCUCGGAACUAGAACUUGAGGCCACCACAGAUAGCCCAGCCACCACAGCCUUGGGAGUGAAGGAAGUCUAUGUGAACCAGAGAGAGUACGAGGAAGAAAGCCUUGUGAGGAGCGAUGCCCACGAAAUGAUGGCAGGGGAGCAGCUUAGUCAAGGGGCCGAGGAAGAGAAGCAAGCCCUCCAGGGCGCUGAUGGAGGAGGAGAGGUGGAGAAGGAGCCUGAGGGAGGAUAGAUGGCAAGAGACAGAAGAGAGAGAGCAGAUGAAACAGCCAGGGUCACGAAGGAAGGCACUGGGCCAGGAGGGGUGGGGGCAACUUGGACAGAAAGAUUGGGCUUGGUGGGGGCUUUGCAAGGGAGGAAGAUGGAAGUGCGGGGCUCUGGGGCACAUUCUCAGAAAAGACACGAAAGGGUGGGGUAGCAGUACUGCUAGACAGCAUGGAGCCAGUCCUUGCCAGGGGUGGGGGAGCAGGGCUGGAGAAGGCAGCUUCCAGGUGGAAAUCCUGAAGAAUCAAAGAGCGGAGAAUGAAGAAACCUUGAAAAAGAUGCCAGACUGAGGUGCCCAGAGUCAAUGCUUGUGUAUCUAAGCAUAUAUCAGGAAGAAAGACUUUGAAGAAGAAUGAGGUGAUGAAAGAAAUGAAAGAUCACUGCCCUGCUGAGUAGGCAGCCCCAGGAUUCUGGGAUUCCCUGGUGCUGGGGAAUGUUGAGCUUUGCUUUUCUGAUUGGUUUACCAACUGCCUAAUCCAGCAUCCUCCAUCUUGUCCAAUGAGCUUUGGAGCCAUCGAAGCCAGGAAGGCCACACGAAGGGAAUGGAGCCUCCAGCCGCCCUUCCAAGCUGUAGCCUCCUCACCAGAACAACUCAAGAGUUCAGCCUAACUAUUCACAGAGGAAACACCAAGUGGAUGAGUAGAUGAAAGAUACUUGUUGUUCAGACUGUGUUCAGCAGUUGGAUGGGCAACCCACAGGCUUCUCCAUAAGCAUGUGGAUAUUUGACAAAUACCCUCAGUGGACAAAGAGGUAGGCCCAGGGUUAACCAGCGGGAGGAGAGCCAGUUGGACUGCUUUAGGGACAUUGUGCAGUCCUUUUGACCACAAGCUUCUCCCUCAAAGAAAGGCCUGCGAUUCAGGACAUCCAGCAGAUGGAAGCUGUGUGGCUUCAGGUCAGAGAACAGGCUUCCAAUUGAGGAUGACCCAGAGGGCAAGAAAGAGGUGCAGGGGGAGGGGGUGGGAAGAGCAGCCUGACUGCUACACCCUUAGAAGGGAGGAAAAGGAAAAGGAAGCAGUCUAGAAGAUCUCGUUGCAGAAAGGUGGAACAGUGGUGGAGUGAGAGGAAAGGCUGAGCCUAGGAAAGCCAAUCUGGGGACGCCUGUGUGUGGAGAGCUCCUGGGAGGCCCGGGACACCUGCGCUGCACAGGCUGAGUUGUGAUCUACCUGGCUGGAGGGAGGAGGGACUGCCAUGGGGAAGACUGAGCAGCAUCUCUCAGAGGCUGAGUCUGAUAUAUUUUCUCUGACACAACAGGUACUUCUCAGCAGACACAGACAACCCUCCCUACAAAGUACUCCUUGAAAACAGUAGCUGAUCAAAUGUUCCCAGAACGAAGGGACAUGCCCUUUAAGCUUGCUAGGUAGGUGGUUAUGUGUAUUUAUGGUUUUCUGGUUAGAAUGUAAGCUCUCAGCGUGGUGGAUAGAGUACUGGCUCUGGAGACGGGGGAGCUGAGUUCAAGUGUGGCC